AUGCGUGUUUUCGAAUUUGUUAGCCUUGUACUACUUCUGCCUUUUUUCAAGGCGCAGCAGGGCUAUGCAAAUGUGACCCUUGAAGGGAAGUUCGAGUCUAAAGUUGAUUACGAUGGCGAGCAAAUAGUUUAUAGUAAAAAACACUUUAAAGGCAGCAUUUAUGCAUUUGUGCCUGUUAAGGGAAAAUGUGCACUAAGGGUUCAGGAAAGUAGGGAUGGGGUGGUAUGGGAAAAUAAUAAUAACAUUGAAGUGAAGGAUGGGGGUGCCGGGGCAACUAUUUUUUCUGUGUUUACAACUGAUGAUGAGAUGAUGGUGAUUUUUAGAUGUUCUAAUAUAUACUACAUUGCAAAGAUGGGGGAAGACAAAAUUUGGAAAAAUAUAAAACAAGUAACUUUUUCUGACUUCGCUAUGGAUGCAAUUCCAGCGGUGUACUCCGGGUCUUACUUACUUAUGAACAGCGAAUAUGAGAAGUUCAUUUUGGUAUGCGCCAGGGAAGACCCAAAUGGGAGCGAACAGAGCAGUGACGAUGAGGUGAAGGCGGUCCCCUUUUCAGAACUUCAGGUACUGGGUAGGUGCAAAUUAUCGUUCGACGAGGGGAACACAUGGAAGGAGGGUGUAACUAGGAUGCACAGCGAUGAGUUAAGCAGUGAUGAAAGUGGUGAGGAUAAUACAGAGUUGAGCCGUGAUGACACGUGGGAGAGUGUUAAAGAGGUGAAUGAAUCAGCGGAGGAAGACGUAAAGUUGGAGGUCCCAGCCACGGAGGAAGCCCAACAACGAGCGCCCCCUAAACCUGAUAUCCACUUAAGUCUAACUCAAAUAGGAGGAAAGCUAGCCAUAAAAGCUGUAAAUAUUAAUAAUGAUAGUAAGUCCACCAAGACAGUGAUACUCGUGUGCAACAGUCUGUACAAAAACGACCUCUACUGUGACAAGAUAAAGUUAAAAGUUAAGGACGAGUAUAUUUUACACACAUAUGAAGUGGUGAAUGGUUACCAUAUGGCCGUUUUGCGUGAAAAGAAUGGGACCCAUUUGGUACCUUCAAUUGUUUAUAACUUGAGUGAAACGUUUGAGCCGAUUCUUCAUUACCAGAUUGAGAAUCACAGGAAUGGCAAAAGUGAUGUAGAGGGAGGAAGCCCUUUGGACAGAACAGCAUAUGAAUUUGUUUUGGCCAAAGGAGAGAUGGUAGUAUACCUAUUUUGUCACGCAGAAGUAGGUGAAAAAACCACAGUGAUAAAAAUAAAUGCACCAAAGAGGAAGCCAGGGUGCGAAGUACUCCCAGAUGGGGAAUCCAACAACAGCUACUCUCACACUUUUUCAAUUCAGAACAUGCAAAAUCAUCGCAUUUGUAAAAUAUCCACAUCAGAGCUUGGAAAUACCGACGAUGGCUUGUUCAAAGUGCUUUACAUAACCUUGCCCAAAGGGGUGUCUCUAAAUGCUGAUUGCUUUACAUUUUCGUUUAGUAAGGACCUGAAGAGUGAGUAUCACACAACUGUGGUGAGGAAGGCCAACUCUGGAAGUGACACCCAAGAAGGGGAAGUCCAGUUUUACUUCCCAUUAUACUACUCCAAAUUUUUGUACAAUUAUAAAAAAACCUACUGUACGUUAAGCAAUGGCCUUAGAGUGGAUGUCGAAUUUGAUUACAUUAGAAACAUUCUGGACUUAAAUUAUACCGACGAAAAGGAUGUAAUUAAAAUUACUAGUAACGACAUUGUUGUGCAUGCUAAGAGGAGGUAUGACCCGGAAACAGGUGGAGAUGUAUUCCCCAUGGGAACUUAUAUAAACGCUUAUCUACCCUUUGAAAAAGAAUAUGUCAUUUCUAAUUUUGUCCCGAAGAGUGAAAAUCAGACCAGCACUAUAAUACUGCCCCAUGGGUCGAUUAGGAAUUUGCAUUUUGUGCAAGGAGGUGAAGUACUCUUGUAUGAUGGUAUCGAUUUGUCCAAUGUCUCACCUAAUUAUAAAAAAUUGACCAAAUAUGAAAUGAACCAAAAAACAAUAGAUGUUAUCAUUUCGAACUUCAAAAGUGAUGAAAAAACAAUUGGAUUGGUUUGUCCCCUGAAUUCACAGGAUGAGGGGAUGAAAUGCUUCGAUAAGGUAUACCUACAGAAGGGGGUUCUCCACAACAUUGAAUUUGUGUUUGGUAGUAAUGACAUUUUUGUUAUCCCUCAGAGGAGAUUACUCAUGCCAGGUGGGAAGGAGGCCAUGGAGUCUCUCCUACAUUUAAACAAACGCAACAUAGACAAACUGAAGAAGGAAAAACAUAUUAUUCAUUUUUUCUGUGAAUGUCAUGGGAGUGGGGAUACAGAAUCGGUGCGCGUAAAUUAUUACGUCUCGGCCCAUUACGACUCCGAGUUUGUUAAGGCUCAAGUGGGGAAAUCGGAGGGGAGUGCCUACAUUAAUGGGCACAUUGUGACGCAAAAGGGGGAAGCGGGAAAAGUGGGUACCAUUGACAAAAUGAAUCAGUCAGUUGAUGGGACCAGCUCUGAUGCGGACCUUAACCUGGAGGAGGGUGUUCUCUUUUUAGGGAAGAAUAUACUGCUUAGCUUGCUGGGUGGUGGUAACUCAAAGGGGGAUACCAACGGUACAAGCGCUAACUUAUUGAUCACCUUAAUCUGCACCUUUUUGGUGCUUUUGCUGUUGGCCUUUUUGCAUGUACGGUGGUUACGUAAGAAGGGGUCUUAG